AUGUAUUCAUACACUCCCUUCCUCCUCCUUUGCGUAUUUGCAUCCGCGCAAGCCUCGGUCUUAAGCACAACAAACAUUGCGACCGUCCUCGCAGGCGCCAAGUCCCAGAGCUCUCUCACUAUACCGGCCGCAGCUAUGGCUGCAAUAGCCAAGCUUGGAACCGGUGGAGCAAACGCAUCCAAGCUUAGUGCUGCCGAUAAAACAGCAAUUACAGAUUGCGCAGAUACGUCGCGAGCCAACAACACAAACAGCAAAGCUGGUCUUGGUGUAGGGACUGGGUCCGCGGGAAAUAUUGCAUUUGUCACCAAUAAGGUUACAAUUCAUGCGUGUGAGAGUGCAGGACAGCAAAUCGCCCUUGUGACCGGGGGACCUCCAGCAAGCGAUACAGCUGUAAAUCUAUUGAUUUCGAAUGUUGGGGUUUUGAAUGCGAAUACCGAUGCAGCUGGUACUGCGAGGAAACGAGCUGUUGAGUUUGCCGCAUGA